ACUUCCGCGUCCUCGGUCCCGCCCCCGGCGGUUCUGCGCACGCGCGGGGGCCAUAUUGGCGGCCACUCGCUAACACCGGUGGUUUUCUCCCGCGGGUGAAGCUCUCCGUGGAGACCUUAACUCAGUGCCUUCUCUCCGGAGCCGUGAAGUUCAGGAAACAUGUCUCGCAGAUAUGACUCCCGGACCACCAUCUUCUCCCCAGAAGGCCGCCUGUACCAGGUGGAGUACGCCAUGGAGGCGAUCGGCCACGCCGGCACCUGUCUGGGGAUCUUGGCGAACGACGGUGUGUUGCUGGCAGCCGAGCGGCGCAACAUCCACAAGCUUCUGGACGAAGUCUUCUUCUCCGAGAAGAUUUACAAGCUCAACGAGGACAUGGCGUGCAGCGUGGCGGGCAUCACCUCCGACGCCAACGUGCUGACGAACGAGCUGAGGCUCAUUGCACAGAGGUACUUACUGCAGUACCAGGAGCCGAUCCCCUGUGAGCAGCUGGUGACGGCGCUGUGCGACAUCAAACAGGCCUACACGCAGUUCGGAGGGAAGCGUCCCUUCGGGGUGUCGCUGCUGUACAUCGGCUGGGACAAGCACUACGGCUUCCAGCUCUACCAGAGCGACCCGAGCGGGAACUACGGCGGCUGGAAGGCCACCUGCAUCGGCAACAACAGCGCCGCAGCGGUGUCCAUGCUGAAACAAGACUACAAAGAAGGGGAGAUGACGCUGAAGUCGGCACUUGCGUUGGCCGUCAAAGUCCUCAAUAAGACCAUGGACGUCAGCAAGCUCUCAGCGGAGAAAGUGGAGAUUGCCACGCUGACCAGAGAGAAUGGGAAGACGGUCAUCAGGGUCCUCAAGCAGAAGGAGGUGGAGCAGCUGAUCAAGAAGCACGAGGAGGAGGAAGCCAGGGCGGAACGUGAGAAGAAGGAGAAGGAGCAGAAGGAGAAGGACAAGUGAGACGGGGCGGGCGUCGCCGACUCCGGGCCCGCAGCGGGAGCGGCCCCUUCCCGUUCCCCUUCCCGUCGGAAGCGCUGGCCUCCCAGACGGAGGGAAGAGGGGGAGCCGUCGAUGGGCCCGCGGAACUCGUCCAGUCGAAUGAUAAUCGCUCUUCAUGGACCUUUUAACCUCCCUCCCCCUUUUUUGGGAAUAAAACUUGGAAAGAAUGGAAAUGCU